GUGAUUUUGACAUUAGAAAUUUUCGAUUUGUGUUUGUGUUGAAUUGUUGAUUGUAUUCCUGAAAUUUACUAUUUUUUUCUAUGAAAGGCUUUGUAAAAUGACGAAGAUAGUUCAAAUAUUCAUAUAGAAUUAAUAAGAACCCAACAAUGUCGAAUAAACCUAUGAAAAAAGAGCGAACAGGCGACAAUUGUCGACCUUUUAAAUUAGCACAUCAAAUACUGAGCUUGACUGGGAUCAGUUUCGAAAGAAAAAGUAUCAUUGGAUUUGUUGAACUGACUGUGGUACCCCUAAAGGAUAAUUUACGGUACAUCCGACUGAAUGCCAAGCAAUGCCGCAUAUACCGUGUUUGCCUGAAUGACCAGUAUGAGGCAAACUUCCAGUAUUUUGAUCCAUUCCUUGAUAUUUGUCAAGCAGAUCCCAAUACCCGAUCACUAGAUGUAUUCUCCCACUACCACCUGUUGGCGGCGCAGAAGAUAGAUCCGGACCACAAUUCCGGAGAGCUCCACAUACAAAUACCAGAUGAAGCAGCUCACUUGGUCGGUGAAGGGCGAGGGCUGAGGAUUGGUAUAGAAUUCUCCCUGGAGUCUCCUCAAGGAGGGCUGCACUUUGUUGUGCCAGAGGGGGAGGGUACUUUGACCGAAAAAUCCGCCCACAUGUUCACUUACGGCCACUCAGCCCGUCUCUGGUUCCCGUGUGUGGACAGCUAUGCAGAGCCGUGCACUUGGAAACUAGAGUUCACAGUGGAUGAGUCUCUGACUGCAGUGUCGUGUGGAGAGCUGGUGGAUGUUGUGUUCACUCCGGACCACAGACGGAAGACAUUCCAUUACUUGGUUAAUACUCCAGCCUGUGCACCGAACAUUGCUUUGGCUAUCGGGCCAUUUGAGACGUAUGUAGACCCACACAUGAAUGAAGUGACCCACUACUGCCUUCCGCAACUGAUGCAGAUCUUGAAGAACACAGUGAGAUACUUGCACGAGGCAUUCGAGUUCUAUGAGGAAACCUUGUCUACAAGAUAUCCUUAUCCUUGCUAUAAGCAAGUGUUUGUUGAUGAGAUAGAAGACCAAGCCACAGCCUACACAACCAUGUCGAUCAUGAGCACACACCUCCUCCACUCCAUCGCGAUCAUCGACCAGACCUACAUCAGCCGCAAGGCCAUGGCCCAAGCAGUGGCCGAACAGUUCUUUGGCUGUUUCAUCACGAUGCAGAACUGGUCAGACCUGUGGCUGGCCAAGGGCAUACCUGACUACUUGUGUGGAUUGUACUCUAAAAAAUGCUUUGGGAAUAACGAGUACAGGUAUUGGACGCAUCAGGAGCUGCAAGAGGUGGUAAGCUACGAGGAGCAGUACGGCGGCAUGGUGCUGGACCCGUGGCAGCCGCCCAUGAACGGCGCGAGGGUCGAGUCCAAGGACAUGUACUACUUCCCCGUCAGGAAUGUACAUACCAUGUCGCCUCGGUAUAUGGAGAUAAUGCGAAAGAAAUCCCACCUAGUGCUUCGCAUGUUAGAGCAGCGUAUCGGCCAAGAGCUCCUACUCCAAGUGUUCAACAAGCAGCUAUCUCUAGCCACCAACGCGGCCAACACAAAGAUCGGUUCAGGCCUAUGGGGGCACCUGUUGCUGUCGACCAAUUUAUUUGUCAAGGCUAUAUUCACGGUGACGGGCAAGGACAUGGCGGUUUUCGUGGACCAGUGGGUUCGCACCGGGGGACACGCUAAGUUCCAACUCACUUCUGUGUUCAAUAGGAAGAGAAACACGGUAGAGCUCGAAAUCCGUCAAGAUUGCGUGCACGAGCGUGGCAUCCGUAAAUACGUCGGACCUCUCCUAGUGCAACUACAAGAGUUAGACGGAACAUUCAAGCACACGCUACAGAUAGAGAACACGGUGGUGAAGGCAGACAUCACGUGCCACAGCAAGAGCAGGCGGAACAAGAAGAAGAAGAUCCCGCUGUGUACCGGCGAGGAGGUGGACAUGGACCUGUCCGCUAUGGAUGACUCCCCAGUGCUCUGGAUCCGCCUGGACCCGGAGAUGUCUCUGCUGCGCAGCACGGUCAUCAGCCAGCCCGACUACCAGUGGCAAUACCAGCUGCGCCACGAGCGUGACGUCACCGCACAGAGCGAGGCCAUCGAUGCUCUGCACAACUUCCCCGCGCCGGCCACCCGCAAGGCCCUGACUGACACCAUCGAGAGCGAGCAGACGUACUACAAGAUACGAUGUCGCGCCGCGCUCUGUUUGACUAAGGUAGCAAACGCGAUGAUAAGCUCGUGGGCGGGCCCGCCGGCCAUGCUCACGAUAUUCCGCAAGAUGUUCGGCUCGUUCUCCGCGCCGCACAUCAUCAAGCAGAACUCCUUCGAUAAUCUGCAGCACUACUUCCUGCAGAAGACUAUACCUGUUGCUAUGGCUGGCCUCCGCAACAUCCACGGCAUAUGCCCGCCAGAAGUGGUGCGCUUCCUGCUAGACUUGUUCAAGUACAACGACAACUCCAAGAACCACUUCUCUGAUAAUUAUUACAAGGCGGCGCUCGUUGAUGCGUUAGCUGCGACCAUCACGCCUGUUAUAUCCGUGUUGCAGCCGGGGGCCCCAAUCUCCGCCGACUCCCUCUCAGCAGACACCAAGCUAGUCCUCGAGGAGAUAACCCGAGUCCUGAACCUUGAAAAAGUCCUCCCAUGCUACAAGAACACGGUGACCGUGAGCUGUCUCCACGCGAUAAGAAGACUGCAGCAGUGCGGGCAUCUGCCCAGCAUGUCCACUGUGUUUAGGUCUUACGCGCAGUAUGGGCAGUAUAUUGACGUCCGCAUAGCCGCCUUCGAGUGUCUAGUAGACUUCGUCCGUGUAGACGGGAAGCCCGAAGAACUGAGCGCCCUGCUCACCUCAGUAGAAAGUGACCCUGACCCCUGCGUGCGGCACUCACUAGCAAGGCUGCUAGUUCAGAACCCGCCCUUCGAGAAGGCGUCGCGACACCGCCUGGACACCGAGACUGUCAUGCAUAGGCUAUGGAACAACAUCAACAGUCUAUUAUCAAACGACGCAAGACUUCGCUGCGACCUAGUAGACCUAUACUACACUCUCUAUGGCACUAAGCGACCUAUAUGCGUGCCAUUACCGGAGAUCCAAGCCAUGAUGAAACAAAUGCAUCAUAAGGAGAGAGAGAGACUGGACAGAGAGAAGGAGAGAGAGAAAGAGAAGGAGCGACAGAGAGAGCUGGAGAACGCGCCGAUUAUUAAACAGGAGGUUAUUGAUGUGAAAUACGAAGAGCCAGACGGUCAAGUGAUAGUAGAAUCCGCCCCGCCGCUCCUGUCGCCAGUGCUAGACGUCGGGAACCCGCCCCUGCCGGUGCCCUUGUCUCAGAUCAAGGAGGAAGAUGUGAAGAUGGAGCUGUCUAGUGAUGUGCCGAUACCUAUGCCAGUGCCCAUGCCGGUGAGGGUGUUUGGGGGCGACACAUCAACAAAGCGCGAGUUCAUGUCGGACAACGCGGUGCAACUGCCCGGCAUAGAAGGCGGUGUGGGCGCGGGCCCGGUCGGAUUCGAACCCGGCAUGUUCCACCCGCAGGGCUCGCGGGACGAACUGGGGCUGUCUAAGCCGAAGAAGAAGAAGAAGGACAAGAAGAAGCACAAACACAAACAUAAGCACAAGCACAGCAGUAAGGACAAGGCCAAAGAUCAUAGGGAGAAAGAUAAGUCUUUCCCACCUAGACCGCAUUCUAGCACCGAUCACUUACGGAUCAAAGACGAAACUAGAGAAACGCUGAGCUCUUUCAGCUCCAGCCAGAGUCCUUCUGAAGAUAUCUCAUCUAUGCCAACUAAUAUGAGCUUCUAAAUUUUAAGUUUAAGUUGACUGGAUCUUGUAUUUAAGUAUUAAGUGAUUUUCUAAGAUUGUAAAUAAGAUUAUUGUUGUAAUGUUAGUGAUGAUAAGUUAAAUGGAUUAAUAAAUGUCUCUUUAAUAUAAGUA